UUAUGGAUCUUUGUGUUUUUGGGGUUGAUGAUGGUUAUGCUGAAGCCAUAAUCAGAGGAUUAAGAGCAAGUUUCUUAACUGAAGCUCAAUACUAAUAGAUGAAGAAUUGUGCUUCAAUUCCAGAAUUAAAGUCUUUCUUAGAAGAAACAGAUUAUUAAGUAAACAUGACAAUUAUUAAUAUAGAAUUGUUUAUAAGCUGAUAAUCCUUAAAUACCUACAUCCAUUUUAAGAUAGAGACUCAAAAAGAAAUUGGCUGAUGAAUUUGAGUAUAUUGAAGCUCAAUCCACUGGAACACUUACAAAAUACUUAUUUCAUUUGAGGUAUGAUUUAUUAAUUCAUUAUAAAAGAUGUCGUUUUAUGAUUGAUAAUGUAGUCAAUAUGAUAGAAGGAUUAAAGAAUAAAAUUGAUAUUGAAAUACUUUUGAGUAAUAUUGAUCCUUUAGGUUGGUUCCCUGAAAUCAAAAAUAUUAAAGUUCUUGAAGGAGAUGAUUAUAGCAGUUUAUAUAGAGAUGUACUUAUUGAUACACCUAUUGGUGUCUAUUUUAUGAAAUUCUUGGAAGAAUCUAUUGAGAAUUUACAUGAAAACAGAACAUUGAAUGACAUCUAAAAUUUAUUCAGAGAAAUGAAACCUGAAUACAUCAGAACAUCACUUAAAAAAAUGUGGUUGGAAGAUUUCUAUGUAUUCUGUGAAUAAGAAGUAUAAUAUUCAAUUAAAUUAGUUAAUGCCAACAUCUUAAGAAGUACUCUUAGAAUUAUUAAAAUUUGAAGCAGAUUUUAAAACUAUUUAGGUUAUUUACAAUUCAAUAGGAAAUAGAGAUCUUAAUACAGCAGCUAAAAUUAUAACAACAAGAAAAUAAUUAUGUCCAACAAUUGGAAAUUUAUAUCCUGAUUGUGAAAAGAUGUAUUUAUAAGCCAUGACUUUGGAUACACUUAGAGAAGCUGUUAAAGGUUGUGAUAAUUAUAGGGAUUUACUCAAAGAUGCUCCUGAUCCUUUGAAGAGAGAAGAAUUUAAUGUAUAAACAAAGUAAAUUGAUAUAUCUACUAUUAUAUAGAACACUUGAUGAUAUUAUGUAUGAUGAUGAAUGUAGAAGAUAUGCUCUUGCAUUUGAUGGAUAAGGUUCAUAUGGAGUAAUAUUUACUAUUUAUAUAUUAGGUCUUCUAUUCUUAUUUGAAACUUAAAGAAUAAGAAAUUAGAAAUAUUAUAUGGUUAGCAGAAAUGAUUUCAAGAAAACUUGCAAAAAAUCACCCAGGAUGGAAAAAAAUUAUUAUUCCCUUCAGUCACCUUGGAAAAUGAG